AUGUUAUCAGCAUUAUUUUUUUCCUUUCCUUUUUUUUUUCUUUCGUCGUGUGUUUUGUUUGCGUUCCUGUGUUUGGACUUGGACGAAUUCAAUACUGAACCCACCACAACAUUUUUCCACCUCUUUCUAUCUCUCUCUAUCUAUCUCUCUCUCUAUCUAUCUCUCUCUCUAUCUCUCUAUCUCUAUUUCUCACAGGCACACACACACACAUACACGCACGCGCGUCGCGCUCUUUCGCAUUCUCUCUCUCUCUCUCUCUCUCUCUCUCUCUCUCUCUCUCUCCGUCCUCCUAUUUAUCACUCCUCUCUCUCUACAUAUAUAACGUGUGGUCUGAAUAAUCAGUACUACUAUUUCUCUCUCUCUCCCCUCUUCACAUACACUACACACAUGGUUUCUUCCGGUGUCCGCCCGACCGGCAAUUCAUCCGUUUCUUCACCAACCCUUCUGUCUCGUUUUGUCUGCGCCCCCCAUCCGCCUUUCUUUUUUCUUUUUUUCUUUCUUUCUUUUCGGAAAGAUCAGUCACGGUCUAGCGCAAAAGAAAUGAAGAAAAAAUUCCAUUGCAAAGAAACCAAAAUGGAGGAUGCGAAUUUCCGAUUUAUUCUUCCUUAUUUUCUUCAUUUCAAUUUCUCUUCUUUCUUUUUCUUUCUUCCUUUCUUUCUUUCUUCUUUCUUUCUUUCUUUCUUUCUACACUGUCAUUUUCUUAAAUUUAUUUUUUCCUUCUCUUUUUUGCUGUCAUCUCCUUUGCUAUGUUUGAUUUCUCCUCUCCUUUCUCCUUUAUUGUCUUCUCUUUUUCUCUAUUUUCUUCGUCCAUUUCUCUUUCUUUUUUUUUUUUGCCUUUUAUUUUCUUUCUCCUUUCUCUUUCUUUUUUUUUCUUUCUCUCAUCUCUCUCUCUCUCUUUCUCUCUCUCUCUCUCUCUUUCACUCUUUUUGCCAAUGA